UUUAUGAUGCUCCUCGGCGGGUCGUCUCUGCACGUCGAGCGGCGACGGGAAGGAAAUCAUUUGCCGACUUUCGACGUGUUCCUGUCAGUCAUGGCACCGUUUCCAGACGUCAAGUCGCAGCAUGUCCUGUCCUGAAGGGAAGCCGUGCUGCAGGAGAGAGUAGAGGCCAGCACCAGCCGGCCAGAGGAGUGUGGUGAAGCAGAGGUGCACUUGGGUCCAGGGAUCAUCAAUGUGGACUUCAUCUGGCGAUUUGACAAGUCACAUAUAGGAGCUCCUGGAGUUUCUCCUUUCCCCUCUCCCCUCCCUUCCCUCUGCCCCUCCCUACCCUUGUUCCCUUGUCGGUCUUCUCCCUGAUCCCCCUCUUCCCCUUCUCUGAGAUUCACCAUGCUCAUUAAAGAGUACCGCAUCCCCAUGCCCAUGAGUGUGGAGGAGUACCGGAUCGCUCAGCUCUACAUGAUCCAGAAAAAGAGCAGAGAAGAGAGCUGUGGUGAGGGCAGUGGGGUAGAGAUCCUGGAGAACAAGCCUUACACUGAUGGACCAGGUGGGACAGGCCAGUACACCCACAAGGUCUACCACAUUGGCAUGCACAUUCCCAGCUGGUUCCGGUCUAUCCUGCCUAAAGCGGCACUGAGGGUUGAAGAGGAGUCCUGGAACGCCUACCCUUACACCCGCACCAGAUACACUUGUCCAUUUGUUGAGAAGUUUUCCAUUGAUAUUGAGACCUACUACAAACCUGACACAGGCAAUCAAGCAGAUGUCUUCAACUUGUCGGCAGCAGACAAGAGACAAAGGACUAUUGACCCAAUCGACAUAGUGACAGAUCCCAUUGCCCCGCACGAGUACAAAGCAGAGGAAGACCCAAGACUUUACACGUCAAUUAAAACACAGAGGGGUCCCCUGAGAGAUGACUGGAUAGAGGAGUACAACAAUAACCAAGGGAUGACGCCCAUCAUGUGUGCCUACAAACUGUGUAAAGUGGAGUUUCGUUACUGGGGCAUGCAGUCUAAGAUUGAGCGUUUCAUUCACGAUGUUGGAUUGAGAAAGGUGAUGGUGCGUGCCCACCGGCAGGCCUGGUGCUGGCAGGAUGAGUGGUACGGUCUCACCAUUGAGGACAUCAGGCAGCUGGAGCUGGAGACUCAGCUGGCACUGGCCACCAAAAUGGCCCAAUUUUGCCAGGCAGAGGAGGCCACCGAAGCGAAUGAAGGUGCACCUACUCCGGACAAAGACAAGGAAGCUAAAGAGGCAAUCAGCUCCAUCGAAGCAGAUGAAGUGGUUUCCAGCUCGGGAGGAGACACUCUGCAGCCCCGGGGUGUACUCACCAAGCAAUGGUCCACCUCAUCCCGAUCCUCUCGCUCAUCCAAGAGAGGAGUGAGCCCAUCACGUCACAGCCUCUCAGAGUGGAGGAUGCAGAGUAUAGCAAGAGACUCGGACGACAGCUCGGAUGAGGAGUUCUUCGAUGCUCAUGAGGAUCUCUCAGAUGGCGAGGAGGUCUUUCCAAAGGAAAUUACCAAAUGGAACUCCAAUGACCUCAUGGAUAAGAUUGAAGCGGCAGACACUGAGGAAGCUUCUGGUGAGCUCUUUAAGGAAAUGACUUCGGAUUAUGGAAGAACAACAAGUGAGGACAGACUAGACGAGAUGCCCGACUCACUUAGCAGCAAAGCCGAUAGCUCCCCCAUUCCCACCAUCCUCGUAACAAGGCACCAGUCAGAGAGUACAUCACAGCAGUGUCUGCAGCCUUCCAAGAUCCAUGUGCUGAUCCUGGUCCUUCACGGAGGGAACAUCCUGGAUACAGGCGGAGGAGAUCAGAACAGCAAGCAGGCCGACGUCAACACUAUAAGUACAGCUUUUGACACAGUCAUGCGUGUUCACUACCCCGCUGCUCUGGGACGCAUCGCCAUCCGCUUGGUGCCCUGCCCUGCCAUCUGUGCCGAGGCCUUCUCUUUAGUGUCUAAUCUAAGCCCUUACAGCUAUGAUGAGGGCUGUCUGUCCAGCAGCCAGGACCACAUCCCGCUAGCGGCUCUGCCCCUUCUGGCCACCUCGGCUCCACAGUACCAGGACGCCGUGGCCACCGUUAUUGCUCGAGCCAACCAGGUGUAUGCAGAUUUUUUAAAGUCUCUGGAUGGGGCUGCCUUCUCUGGUCAGGUAUGCCUCAUUGGAGACUGUGUGGGAGGAAUCUUGGGGUUUGAUGCUCUGUGCAAUAGCAAUCCCACAGUGAAUGAAAGCCAGAACAGCAGCCGUCGGGGCAGUGUCAUCAGUGUGCAGGACCAGGACCUUCUCUCUCCUGGCAUAAUUAUCAACAGCGGACAAGGAUCAGCAUCUCCAACCUUGGAGGGCAGCCGCCACCUCAGUCGCAGUAACAUUGACAUUCCUCGUGCCGGUGCAAGUGACGAGGCCAAGAGGCAACUGCCACGCAAGAGAAGCGACUCCUCCACUUACGAACUGGACACGAUAAAACAACACCAGGCUUUCCUGUCCAGCUUGCACUCCAGCGUCUUGAGGAAUGACUCUGCUUCACGCAGGUCAAGCAGCAGCACCAUGCUGGAUGGAAGCUCUCUGGGGAAAUUUGACUUUGAGGUGUCUGACUUUUUCCUCUUUGGCUCGCCACUGGGUUUGGUACUCGCGCUGAGGAAGACUGUGAUCCCUAUGUUGGAUGUGGCGCAGCUGCGGCCUGCUUGUCAGCAGGUUUAUAACUUGUUCCACCCAGCUGAUCCCUCAGCUUCCCGCCUGGAACCUCUGCUGGAGCGGAAAUUUCACCUCCUCCCUCCCUUCAACGUGCCACGUUACCAGCGGUUUCCCCUGGGAGAUGGAAACUCUGCCCUACUGGUGGAGACAGUCCAGAGCAACACUCAGCUGCUGCUUGAUAGUGGGCCCCCCUUGUCCCUCCGCUGUCAGGAGACCAUCAGUGAGACCUGCAUUCCUGUGCCCGUGCUAAACUGGCAGGAAGGCGCCCUCAAAGCCACACCCGCCACUAUGGAGUCGGAUGUUGUUCAGUCUCAUGGUGGUGUCUUCAUGGACAGUUCGUACCCCUCAUCCCCUGUAACAGGCCCCCUCUCCCGGGGCCAGCGGAGGGCCAGUGAGGUCAGCAUUGCCAGCCAGGUCUCAGGAAUGGCAGACAGUUACACUGCCACCAACAUAGCCAACACCAAAUCAGACCAGAUUAACCAAUCCAAAAAGUUCAGCCUUUUGUCUCAGCUCGCCCUGUCGUCGCAAAACAAAUUCUUCCUGAAAAGCCCUCCUAAGUCUCGUAAGAAAGCGGCGGCUGGCCAGGCUGCCACAUAUCCUGAUGUACGUCUAGUGGCAGAGCUGGAUGAUGCAGACUGUAGCGGAGGUCUGAGUCCCUGCCUGUCAGCAGGGCUAGACCAUGCUAUAUGCGAUCUUGUCUCACUGGACUCCCAAGCUGAAGUUGAACAAGUUGCAGCACGUUGGUGGGGCACAAAGCGGCUGGACUUUGCCCUUUACUGCCCCGACGCUCUGACCGCUUUCCCCACUGUGGCAUUACCGCACCUCUUCCACGCAUCAUACUGGGAAUCCACUGAUGUUGUGUCGUUUCUCCUGAGACAGGUCAUGAGGCACGAAAACUCAAGCAUUCUGGAGCUGGAUGGCAAAGAAGUGUCUGAAUUCACCCCGUCUAAACCCCGAGAGAAGUGGCUCCGGAAGAGGACUCACGUUAAGAUCAGGAAUGUUACUGCCAACCACCGCGUGAACGACGCCGUGUUUACUGAAGAUAGCCAGCAGGUCGUGACAGGUCGCUUCAUGUAUGGCCCUCUGGACAUGGUCACUUUAGCCGGGGAGAAGGUUGACCUCCACAUCAUGACCCAGCCGCCGUCCGGGGAAUGGGUGUUCUUCAAAACAGAGGUGACGAACAGCAGUGGCCGCGUGUCGUUCAUCAUCCCGGAGGACAAGCGCCUGGGCAUCGGAGUCUACCCCGUCAAAAUGGUUGUGAGGGGUGACCACACAUUUGCAGACAGUUACCUGACUGUUAUUCCUCGCGGCACAGAGUUUGUAGUAUUCAGCAUUGAUGGUUCAUUUGCUGCCAGCGUAUCAAUCAUGGGCAGUGAUCCCAAAGUGCGGGCGGGGGCUGUAGACGUUGUCAGGUACUGGCAGGAUUUAGGCUAUUUGAUCAUCUAUGUGACCGGACGUCCCGACAUGCAGAAGCAGCGAGUGGUAGCUUGGUUGUCUCAGCACAACUUCCCACAUGGCAUUGUCUCGUUCUGCGAUGGCCUCGUCCACGAUCCUCUCAGACACAAGGCUAACUUCCUCAAGUCCCUUACAGAGGUUCACAUGAAGAUUUUUGCUGGCUAUGGAUCAAGCAAAGACAUCUCUGUCUACACCUCAAUCGGCCUACCUUCUUCCCAAAUAUACAUUGUCGGCAGGCCCUCUAAGAAGAUGCAGCACCAGUGUCAGUUCAUCACAGAGGGAUACGCAUCACAUUUGUCUCAGCUGGAGUACAAACACCGUUCUCGGCCAGCAAAGUCGAGCAGCGCUCGCAUGGUGUUGCGCAAAGGCAGCUUCGGCUUGGGUGCAAACAGCGACUUCCUGAGGAAGAGGAACCACCUGUUGCGCACCAUCUCCUCACAGCCAGCCCCCAGCUCCCCAACAGGCAGCAUCCACAACCGACCAGAGCGCACACAGAGCCAGUCAGACAGCGAGCGGCUGGAACGGGAGCGGCUGGAGCGCACUCACAGCCAGAGCCAAGGGGCGACUCAGCGCAGCAUGAGCAUAACGGCGAGUUGCUGGGGCCGCAGCAGCAGCACCAAGCUGGAGCCGGGGGCUUUCAACCCAAAAUGAGGGCGGAGAUGCAAUGUGACAGAACCUACUAGAGUGACUUACAAAUACAGUGCUGAGGAAAAAACAUGAACACGGAGGGAAAAAAACUGUUGGUUUGUACCAUAUGAGUAAAUACUACAAGGAAAUCUGGUGCUACAGACCACUCUUUUUAAAGGCCGGUCACACUCAAAACAAACAUUUCAGGAUAGGCCGUAGCUAUAUUCAUCAUAAAACAGACUAAUGGGACAUUUUACUGCACCCUCCUGAAACACAACAUGUACACAUGCGCAUAAAUCUGAUAUUAUAGGGACUUGGACUGUUUCUACUGUAAAAUAUUGUUGUAAUGCUGUUGGAUAUUUAUUGGUCUUGAAUACAAGGUCAGUUUUCACCCUUUGACAGUUUUUAGGAUGGAGAUGAUUACACAUAAACCACUCCAAUUCUGUAUUUGUAGAAAAAAAAAAUGUUAGAGACAGCUGGUAUCAGAUAAACACACUGAUACUUCACUCUAACUAAUGUGGCCAAUGCAAGCACAACAGCAACAGAGACAUGUGUAUAGUAGUUUUAAGGCUGUCCUUUUUAUGUCAUAACCAGGUAUGUUGUAGCCUGAAAAGCAGAGCUGGGAUUCGAGUGACACUGGACUGCGUGUCUCACUUUUUGUUGAUGUGGACUUACACACAAUGAGAAAGCCAAACUGAAUUAUUGACAGGAUUUGUAAGAGGAAUUGUGCUCAUUUUUCAAGAACACAGAACGGUGUUGUAGUGAUUUGUAAGCCAACCAGAAAUGACCCGAUCAAUUGACUAAAUUUAACGAACAUCAGACUCUAGGUAAAAGUCACACUUGUUUUAUCCUCUGCUCUGAGACAUGAAGAAAUAUUGAAAUCUAACCUGAGAGUACCCUUUAACUUUGACUCCAGCGGAAACUGUUUCCGGGCUUGUAUAUCAUUUCUCCACAUAUAACGUAUGACUCAGUUAUAGGGAAAACUCCUACUACUGUAGGCUUGACGUGCCAAAGCUAACAGUAUAGAACGUUAUGCUGCACAUUAGCAGAGAGGAGAAUAUUGAGAUGUCCUGUGUAAAGAUGGAUGAGGUUAUGUAAGUAGUUUAAUGCCUUAACAAGGCUUGUACAUAAUUGUUACAUUACAGUGCAGAUCUGGUAUCUGGUUCACUGAAAACCAGUUUCAAGUGUCUUAUUUACUCUGGCAGUGAACACCAACUCAGUCAGGAGAUAUUUUAUUGAUUGAUGAUGAUACUUAUUGCUAUUUAAGAUUAUAGAUAUUUUAAGAUGUAUUGAUUUUGUGAACAAAAUGUGUUUUAAGAUUACUUUUGUUAUGUUUGUGUGUUUUCUCUUUAAACUUGAGUUGCAGCAGCCAAAAUGCAAAUGUUUUGCCUGGCACAGUAUUGUAUUUUUAUUAUUUUAUCUUGCAGAUCACUAGAAAUGUACCAACAGAACUGCUGUUUUGUGUCAUAUAUUGUAUGUUUCUUAUUGGGUAUUUUGGAAAGAUGGGAUUUGUCUUAUCCCGAAGCUGUAAAUGAGGUGUUGAAUGUGCUCUUAGAUAAUCCUCCCUAGGUUAAACUCUUUCUGUUCUGCUGCACCUUUUAGAGAAGAAAAUAUGUAAACUGUAAAAUAUGUAAAAUAUGCUGUUGAAUUUAGGAACACAGAGCUGAGAUUUGCUCUAUCCUGCCAGCCAUUCACUUCAAAAAUCCAGUGAUUUUUUUUUUCUUCUUCAUCCAGUUGAUGGUCAUUUGUUCUUUUAACAGGGUUGACUACAGAUGACUAAUAUGAGCUCAAAUGCAAGGGGAAACGUGCAAUAUUAUUCAGCAGCAAAGCCGCAUCAAACAAGCCGUUAAGGAAACAUCCGAGUGCACUGACAAUCAGUCGAACUGGCAUGCUCUCCAGAAGUCCAAUUGCAGGGGGUAUCUCACCUGGUCUCAGUACCACCCAAAGGCCCAGGCUCUAUUUUAUAAAAUAGAGAUUUCUCCUGAUAAAGUGGGAUUGACCUCAUAAUCGUGUGGAAGAGCUUUCCAGAAGCUAUUAGAUACACUCGGCUAAAAUAAUGCAGAUUGACAAAGGAAAAAAAGUCCUGCAAUAACCCUUGAUUGAGAGGAAGAUCAUGUUCAAAUUGUUUUAGAAGUGUUUAAAAGUACGUUAUUUUAAACUGAAGUUUAGAAUUUUAUGGUGAGAUGUUUUGGAUAUUUUUUCCACCACACAUCUUAAUGAUGGUAGAUAACUAGACAUCCUGGUUCAAACGUACCUGCGAUCUUAGGAGCGCGUUUGCUCUGGUGAACGCUGUAAAUCCUUUUACACUGCUGUACCUCUGAUUUUGACCCAUGUUAAGAUUCAGCAUGAAGCCAUAACUCUUGAGAAGGUUGCUGGUUAUAAAACUGCUGUUUUUAUGUUAACACAUUUAAAAAAAAAGUAUUUUUAAAAGACAGGCAAUGCUGCAAAACAUACCCUCAUUUAACUUCUGAACCACAUUUCUUGAUCUGAAGCCGGAGAAUGUAGAGAUGAAGUGCAGCAGUGGUUGAAGUUUGGAUACCUCUGGGCAGACAAUCUCUUCUGUUCUGCUAUGGACAAACACAUUACCAGAGGCCUUAUAUGUCGCUUUUCUGCCUUACAUUGAACAUUUGUGGCAAGGCCUAGAAUGGAUGCUGUUCACGUCUAAACUGACUUCGUGGAGAAGGACAGACUGUUGGUCUAGAUUUUUACCUUGUGGAUAUAUGAGGCGCCCAUGUUUUGUAAAAAAAAAAAGCAAA